AACAACAAAACAUUAACCUAAAUAUAAUAUCACACACAAGACAUCGCAACAAUUUAACUCUGUAGUACAAAAAUACUGAUAUCAAGUGUACAGAUCUCAAAUCAUGUUUAAAAAUACAUUUCAAUCGGGUUUCUUGUCGAUUUUGUACAGUAUUGGCAGUAAGCCGCUGCAAAUUUGGGAUAAAAAGGUCCGAAAUGGUCAUAUCAAACGAAUCACCGACAACGAUAUUCAAAGUUUGGUGCUUGAAAUUGUUGGCACCAAUGUAAGCACCACAUAUAUCACAUGUCCGGCCGAUCCAAAGAAGACACUCGGAAUCAAGUUACCGUUUUUGGUGAUGAUUAUCAAAAAUUUGAAAAAAUAUUUCACAUUUGAAGUGCAAAUUUUGGAUGAUAAAAAUGUUCGACGGCGAUUCAGAGCAAGCAAUUAUCAGUCGACAACAAGAGUGAAACCAUUCAUUUGUACGAUGCCGAUGCGACUCGAUGAGGGUUGGAACCAAAUUCAAUUCAAUUUAUCGGAUUUCACAAGACGAGCAUAUGGAACAAAUUACGUUGAAACAUUACGCGUUCAAAUACACGCAAAUUGUCGAAUACGUCGUGUAUAUUUCUCGGACAGACUUUAUUCGGAGGAUGAGCUCCCGUCAGAGUUCAAGUUAUUCUUGCCUAUUCAAAAACCACCACAGAAGGCCAUAGCACAAGCUUAGGCCCAUAUUUGUUACUCACAUACACAACAUUUUACUGUUUUACUUCGAUUACUACUUUACUACUUGACAUUCAGGAUCUUAUUAUACCGUUUUCUGGCAUUAAAAUGAAUAAAGAGAAAAAAUAAUAAAUCUCACUUCGAUUAAACAAA